AUGGCCCCCAGCUGCACGGGAACAGAGGUUCUUUUGGGGAACCCUGACGGUACAGCUGACCCCCCUCCACCCCAGGGGAGUGGAGCAGCCAGCCCCGGCAACCAGUCACAACAGAGCAAGAACAGUCCUCCUGGGAUCCGCCCUGCCGCCCUGGCUUCCCCGAGGCCCCUCCUUGUGACAUGGACAGUCCUGUGGCCUCCGCCCGGCCGGGGGCCCAGGGAGCCGGGGGACUGCCCCCAGCCAUGUCCACGCCUCAGGAGGGCAGGGGACAAGAGGCCUCCCUCCCUUGGCCGGCGCUCACCCCCGUCCCAGAGCUGGAGUCGUCCACGUGCACCGUGUCGGCCUGCCCAGGGUCUGCCCCAUGCCGACGCCGCUCCCCCCCCACUGGCUGAGCCAGGGGCCCCAGGAGACGCCGGCUCCGCCUCACGGCUGGAAGCCACGCCCCCCGUGCCAGGGGCCGAGGUCCCCAAAGCUCCGGAGCAGCGAGCGCCCUGCGCGGUUCCCUGCAAGGAGCCCACCUUGCUGCCGGCCGCCCUAGGGGCAGAAGGAGCCUUAUUUCAGAGCAACUUCUCCCCACCAUGGAAAGAGCUGUUCCAUGACGCUGUCGCCCCUCUGUACUUCACCUUCACGAUAACAACUUCCAGGCUGCUGGCCUCGGGCCCGGACCGGCCAGCGCCUGCCCGGGUCGGCUCGGAAGCGCCACGAGCCCUCGCCCCUCGGGAGGGCAGCUACCUCGGGCCCCUCGGCCCCGAGCUGCUGGCUUCCGCGGCCGGCCUGGCUCGAGGCCCGGCUCUAGGACAGGCCUGCAGAGCGGGCUGCCGGCCGCUGUGUCUGCCCCCAGCUCCUCGUAGAGAUAGGGUGCACCAGGGGAACGGGGUGGCUGGACCCCAGGGUCUGACAGGGAGAGACGGACCUUCUGGACCCAAAGGAGCUCCUGGAGAGCGGGGAGAGGCGGGAGUGAGCGGCCUCCCCGGUGGGAUUGGUCUGCGAGGCCCCCCGGGCCCCUCUGGACUCCCAGGCCUGCCUGGACCCCCAGGGCCCCCUGGACCUCCCGGGCACCCUGGGGUCCUCCCCGAAGGCGCCACGGACUUGCAGUGCCCCGCCAUCUGCCCGCCAGGCCCGCCUGGGCCACCAGGAAUGCCAGGGUUCAAGGGGCUCACGGGCUACAAGGGGGAUCAGGGAGAAGUUGGCAAGGAUGGAGAGAAGGGCGACCCUGGGCCCCCUGGACCUGCUGGCCUCCCAGGCACUGUGGGGCUACAGGGGCCUCGGGGAGCACGAGGACUGCCAGGGCCACUGGGGCCCCCUGGGGACCGGGGCCCCAUUGGGUUCCGAGGGCCCCCCGGGGUCCCAGGAGCACCCGGGAAAGUGGGUGACAGAGGCGAGAGGGGCCCAGAAGGUUUCCGUGGCCCCAAGGGUGACCUUGGCAGACCUGGUCCCAAAGGACUCCCUGGCGUGGCCGGGCCGGGCGGAGAGCCAGGCAUGCCAGGCAAAGAUGGCCGGGACGGAGUGCCAGGCCUCGAUGGGGAGAAGGGAGAGGCUGGUCGCAGCGGCGCCCCCGGAGAGAAGGGUCCCAGCGGGCUGCCGGGCCUUCCUGGUCGAGCGGGGUCCAAAGGGGAGAAGGGGGAACUGGGCAGAGCUGGAGAGCUGGGUGAGGCCGGCCCCUCGGGAGAGCCAGGCGUCCCUGGAGACAUGGGCGUGCCCGGGGAGCGUGGAGAGGCCGGCCACCGGGGCUCCGCGGGGGCGCUUGGUCCACAAGGCCCUCCUGGGGCUCCCGGUGUCCGUGGCUUCCAGGGCCGAAAGGGCAGUGUUGGAGAUCCUGGCCUUCCAGGACCCCAAGGCCUGCGAGGGGAAGGGGGUGACCGGGGCCCGGGAGGAGCCUCCGGCGCUAAAGGAGACCAGGGGUUCGCAGGAGCGGAUGGUCUCCCCGGGGACAAAGGAGAGCUGGGUCCCAGUGGCCCCGUUGGGCAGAAAGGAGAGUCUGGCUUUCGAGGGAGCUGGGCCCAAAGGGCGUUCCAGGACCCAAUGGCACUGGUGGUGUCCAGGGCGUCCCCGGCCCCCCGGGGCCUCUGGGGCUCCCGGGCCUUCAGGGCGUCCCUGGCCCCACGGGGAGCCCCGGCGUGCCGGGCAAAGAAGCCAGCGAGCAGCGGGUCAGGGAGCUGUGCGGGGGCCUGAUCGGCGAGCAAAUUGCACAGCUGGCUGCGCACCUGAGGAAGCCCUUAGCACCCGGCUCCAUCGGCCGCCCGGGUCCAGCCGGGCCCCCCGGGCCCCCCGGGCCUCCGGGCCCCACCGGCCACCCUGGCGCUCGAGGGCCCCCUGGGU